AUGUCUCGGAGAUACGAUUCCCGGACCACCAUCUUCUCCCCAGAGGGUCGACUCUACCAGGUCGAAUAUGCGCUUGAGGCUAUCUCACACGCUGGCACAGCCCUUGGAAUUCUAGCCAAGGAUGGAAUUGUUCUCGCCGCCGAGAGGAAGGUGACCAGCAAGUUGCUGGAGCAGGAUACCUCCGCCGAGAAGCUCUACACAAUCAACGAUAACAUGAUUUGCGCCGUUGCCGGUAUGAACGCAGAUGCCAACAUUCUGAUCAACUACGCUCGCCAGAACGCCCAACGCUAUCUCCUUACCUACAACGAAGACAUCCCCUGUGAACAGCUUGUCCGCCGGCUGUGUGAUCUGAAGCAAGGAUAUACCCAACAUGGUGGUCUCCGUCCGUUCGGUGUCUCAUUCAUCUACGCUGGGUACGACCACCUCCGCCAGUUCCAGCUGUACCAGAGCAACCCCAGUGGAAACUACGGAGGCUGGAAGGCCACGAGCGUUGGUGCGAACAACGCAAGCGCACAGAGUCUCCUUAAGCAAGAUUACAAGGAGGAUUGCGAUCUGAAGGAGGCCUGUGCUAUGGCUGUCAAGGUGCUGAGCAAGACUAUGGACUCGACAAAGCUGAGCAGCGAGAAGAUCGAGUUCGCAACAGUGGGCAAGACCAAGGGUGGCAAGAUCUACCACCACCUAUGGACUGCGGAUGAGAUCGAUGCUCUUCUGCGGGAACAAGGGUUGGCCAAGGUCGAUGAUGAGCCCGAGGCUGGCGACAUAAAAUAGAUUAAACCCUCAUGCCCUUUUUCCGUUUCAGAUACUCGAAUCCAAUACUUUUGACUAUAAUCAACAAGUUGC